AGUUACACGCCCCUCUCUCUCCCUCUCCCUCCCUCCCUCUCUCUCUCUCUCUGAUUUGUUUGAUCAGUUUGUUUUUAUUUCCAGGUUAUUGUUAUCGUUAUUUUACAGGCUUAUUGCGGUGAAUCGGAUCUGAGUAAUCAAAAGGAACCCAAAAAUGAGGAAUAAUUGGAACAUCUUCCACAAAUUCUCCAAAACUCUCCGCGACAAUCCUUCUCUCUCUAGCUUGCUUGUCGUCUUCACCGUCAGUGGUGGAAGUCUUUUGGCUUAUUCUGAAGCAAAUGCAAGUACCCAGCUAAGCAGUGCUGUUGCAUCUGAGGAUGGUAAGAAGAAAAAGAGAGUGGUGGUACUAGGCACAGGUUGGGCUGGAACAAGUUUCUUGAAAAGUCUGAAGGAUCCCUCAUACGAUGUUCAAGUGAUAUCACCACGUAAUUACUUUGCAUUUACCCCUCUGCUACCAAGUGUUACAUGUGGCACUGUGGAACCUCGCAGCAUAGUGGAACCUAUUCGUAACAUUGUCAGAAAGAAAAAUGUAGACAUUCAUUUCUGGGAAGCUGAAUGUUUCAAGAUAGAUGCUGCAAAUAAGAAAGUGUACUGUAAACCCACCCAGGGAGGUAAAAUGGACGGGAAUUCAGAAUUUGUUGUUGAUUAUGACUAUCUUGUAGUUGCCAUGGGAGCUCGUGCAAACACAUUUAAUACUCCCGGCGUCGAGGAAAAUUGUCAUUUUUUGAAGGAAAUAGAAGAUGCUCAAAGGAUUCGUAGGACGGUUAUCAAUUGCUUUGAAAGGGCCAGCCUCCCUAACCUAACCGAUGAGGAGAGGAGAAGAGUCCUCACAUUUGUUAUUGUUGGCGGCGGUCCAACUGGUGUUGAGUUUGCGGCUGAGCUUCAUGAUUUUAUAUCUGAAGAUCUAGUAAAGCUCUAUCCCAAGGCUAAAGAUUUGGUUAAGAUAACACUUCUGGAGGCAGGUGAUCAUAUUUUGAACAUGUUUGAUAAAAGAAUCACAGUGUUUGCAGAGGGAAAAUUCAAGAGAGAUGGCAUUGACCUCAAAAUGGGCUCAAUGGUUGUCAAAGUUUCAGACUCUGUGAUCUCUACCAAAGAUGUAAAGACGGGGGAAGUCUCUUCUCUUCCUUACGGAAUGGUUGUUUGGUCAACUGGUAUUGGAACACGUCCAGUCAUAAUGGAUUUCAUGAAGCAAGUUGGUCAGGUUAAUAGACGGGUAUUAGCAACUGAUGAGUGGCUACGUGUUGAACGAACUGAUAGCAUAUAUGCACUCGGAGAUUGUGCCACAAUAAAUCAGCGAAAAGUCAUGGAAGACAUUUCAGAAAUAUUUAGUAAAGCUGACAAAGAUAGCUCUGGAACACUAACAGUAAAAGAAUUUCAAGAAGCUCUCGAUGACAUCUGCGAGAGAUACCCUCAAAUGGAGCUGUAUUUGAAGAAUAAAAAAAUGAGCAGCCUUGUUGAUAUUUUGAAGGAGUCUAAAGGGGAUAUCGCAAAAGAAUCUAUCGAAUUGAACAUUGAGGACUUCAAAUUAGCUCUCUCCCAAGUUGAUUCUCAGAUGAAGAAUCUUCCAGCAACAGCCCAGGUUGCAGCUCAGCAAGGUGCUUAUCUUGCCAGUUGUUUCAACCGCAUGGAAGAGUGUGAGAAAAAUCCAGAAGGUCCAGUUCGUUUCAGAGAAUCAGGUCGCCACAGAUUUAAACCCUUCAGGUACAAGCAUCUAGGACAGUUUGCUCCAUUAGGAGGAGAGCAGACAGCAGCUCAACUUCCUGGAGAUUGGGUUUCAAUUGGCCAUAGUUCUCAGUGGCUCUGGUACUCUGUAUAUGCAAGUAAAUUAGUCAGUUGGCGUACAAGGGCUCUGGUGAUAACAGACUGGACUAGACGGUUCAUAUUUGGAAGGGACUCAAGUCAGAUCUGAGGCAGUCAUAAUUUGAUGCAUUUUGACUGUGUUUUUUUAAUGACAAGUGAGUUUAGAACAAUCUGUCUGCAAGUUGCCUUCAAGUUCAGACCUAUGGCAGCAAAUUUUCAUCAAUCAUCAGUACGACCGUGCCUAACAACUGUACUGUGCGACAGUAUAACUCCAUGUCAAUAAAGAUUAGUGUAUCCCACAUUCAUCUUUUUGCUUUUCCGAACCGGAGGAAUUUGAGAGAUUUAUUGCAAUUAUUAAGUAUAAUAUCAUGGAUUCAUAUUUCAAUAA